UUGGGACUGCACGGUGCGCAUCUGGCGGCAGCAGGGAGGCAGUGAUGGUGACGGCGGUGGUGAGGGGGAUGGUGCAGACGACCAGGAGGAGGAGGAGGAGGAGGAGGGUGGGAGAGGUGGUGGUGGUGGUGCUGGUGGUGUUGGGGAGGAAGUGGAGGAGGAGGAGGGUGGGAGCGGAGGCAUGGUUGCUGCUACCACCGGCAGCAGCGGCAGCGGCAGUGGCGACGAACGCAGCGGCCGCAGCAGCAGCAGCAUGAGGCGGACCUCGACUCGAAAGCGCAGCACGGCACGUGCUUCCAACACUGCUGCUAGCAUAACCGCCACCACCAACGCCAACCUCAACAACGAAUCCGGCGGUUGGAACUGCUCCGGUGUACUGCAGUACGGCGACUGGGUCUACUGCUGUGCCGUACGGGGGGGCAACCUGCUGGUGGCGGCGGGCAGUGAGGUGGUGGUGACGGACGCGGCGACGGGCCGGGCUGUACGGCGGUUCGCCGGGUUGCAUGACGGGGGCGCUGUCGGGUGCCUGGAGGGCUGUCGGUCGGGUCGGCUGCUGUUCACCGGCAGUGGGGACGGACUGCUGCUGGCGCAUGACCUGCGGAUGAAGCAGGGCUCCCGUGUGCUGUGGCACCACCGGGCCGCAGUGACGGGGCUGUCAUUCGAGGACCCCUGGCUGGCAUCAGCGGGGGCGGAUGGGUGUGUCGUACUGCAGGCACGGACAGCGGAGUGGUGCGGCUGUGGGACUUCACGGGAGCGGCGGCCGCGGCGGAGCGGGCAGCAGCUGCUAGGGCCGCUCGCAGCGCCGCCAAGGCUGGCAGAGCCGCCGCAAGGCAGCAGCAGUGCCAGCAGCACCCGCAGCAGCAGCCCGCGGCAGGGCGCUAUGCGCGGCGAAACCUUGUCGAUGCUGCACCAGUGCUGUGGCAGCAGCAGCAGCAGCCUGCGGUGGCUGUGGCCGGGGGGAGGGGCUCUGGGAGGGGUACUGCUGCUGUACUGGCGUUUGGG